CGAUCAACUUCCAACCAUCCUCCACCUUAACCAAGCGCACUCACACUUCUCAAAACCAAACACACCCUCAUCAUUUAUCAUGGCAACCGGUGGUGGCUCUUACAGCUUCUCGUUAACGACCUUCUCGCCCUCCGGUAAACUGGUCCAAAUCGAACACGCCCUUGCUGCCGUCGGCCAAGGAACUUCCAGUCUUGGAAUCAAAGCGUCGAAUGGAGUGGUGAUUGCGACCGAAAAGAAAACCGCAUCGAUCCUAGUAGAUGACUCAAUCAUCGAGAAAGUGGCUUCGAUUUGUCCGAACAUUGGCAUGGUUUAUUCAGGAAUGGGACCUGAUUAUCGAGUUUUGGUCACCCGAGCGCGAAAGAUCGCGCAGAGCUACUGGAAAAUUUAUGGCGAGUAUCCGCCGACACGGUUGCUCACACAAGAGAUCGCCACAGUCAUGCAGGAAGCCACACAAUCUGGUGGUGUCCGUCCAUUCGGAGUCUCUUUGUUGAUCGCUGGAUGGGAUGAACAUCGAGGAUCGACGCUCUAUCAAGUCGAUCCGAGUGGCAGUUUCUGGCCAUGGAAGGCGAGUGCGAUCGGGAAGAACAUGGUGAAUGCUAAGACGUUCUUAGAAAAGCGAUACAAUGAUGAGUUAUCGCUUGAGGAUGCUAUUCACACUGCGAUCUUGACUUUGAAGGAAGGUUUUGAAGGCCAAAUGACCGAAAAGACGAUCGAGAUCGGCGUCAUGGGGACCGUCGGUGUCGGAGCUGAUACCGUCCAACCCGCCGAUCGGGCUCAGCCCGUCUUUAGGAAACUAACAGAGGCUGAGGUUAAGGAUUUCUUGGCGCUUUGAAUCGCUCUUGUUUCUUGUUCUUUCACAUGUUUAUUUACCUCCCUGUCACCUUUCUUCUUUCUUAAAAAAACAAUAAACCAUUAUUGAUUCAUUUGAAAUCUUUGCUUGUUCUGACUGGUCCAAGCACCCCAAAAAAGAGAAAAC